UUGGAAUUGUUCAAGAAGCGUCUGAUUUUAAACAUGGAGAAAAUGCGAUUGUUAAAGUUAUGGUGACAGAUUAUUCUCGUCGAGAUUACAAUUUUAUAGUUAUUGUUGUAUUUCAGUAUUUAGAAUCACGUUUUAAAGGAUUAACAAGUCAUAUUCGUCCAAGUGAAACAGUGGUUUUUGUUGUUGGUCAGUUAGAGUUUAUAGAUAACGAUAUUUACGUUUAUGCGCAAGAUAUUAAUUGGGUAGAUACUCGUUUUAAUAUUAAGAAAAGAGAAUAUGAGAUCAGUAAAGGGGAAAUUUUGUCAUCAACAAAGUCAACUCGGUCUAAACUCCUGUCGAUUCAUCAAAAUAUUAGUAAAGGGUCUGAGGAAACAUUUAAGAUUGAAAAUGUAAAUGAAAUAAGUGAAGACGUGUUGAUAGGAGGUGAUGCUGAUAGUUUGGGUGUUGAUGAUGAGCCAGUAAGUAAUGAGGUGGAUGAUUAUUUGAAUGAAAUUGAACAAGAUAAUAAGGAUGGGUAUCAGAAGAUUAGUGAAAGUAACGAGAAGCUUAAGAGCAGUAAUAAGAAAGGUAAAGAGCGAGCUGUUCGUAAAGUAGUUCACAACACCAGGUCAUCUAGUUUUAAGAUAGAU